CCGCAGCGCCAUCGCCGCGCCGCGCCGCGCCGCGCCCACGUGCCCGCCCCGCCCCGCACUUCCGCGAGGCCCAGCCCGCCGAUUGGUGGCGGCUCGGUCCGAACAGCCAAUCGCCGCGCGCUCUGUCGAGGGGCGGGGCCUUGCGCUGCGGGUGUCUCCGCCCUGCUGCCUCAACGCGGGAGUCCCCUCCCGCGGGCCCCCGGCUCGUGCUGUAACCACUGCACGCUGCAGCCCCCCCAGGGGGGCACAGCCCAGGCAUCCGGCGGGGGUCUCCUGGCCACCCUUGCCCCUACCCGACUCGCCGCCCUGGCACGUGGCGCUCUCCGGAGCUGUGGGGGCGGGAGCCCACCCGGGCAGCCCAGGCCGGCACCGUACCCGGCAGCACCGGGCGGGCGGCCCCGCGUGCGCUGCCUGGUGUCUGCGUGGCUGGGCUCUGCUCGGUCCCGAACCGCGCCUGCCCCUCGGCCCGGCCGCAGCCCGGCGGUUGUGCACACCUGCCCAGCCCAGCCCAGCCGGCCGCUGGGGAGCCAGGCCGUGCACACGCCCAAGGGCCAGGCCAGCGCGCGGCCGGAUCCCGUCCCUGGGGUGCCCUGGCCACGCGCCCCCGGCGGGGAGCAGGGGCAGGCUCAAGCGGGGGCUGUGUCCCGGGCCCAGCCCAGUGCAAGGCCCUGCCCCAUGCUGGCCGGGCCCAACUCAGGGCUGGGCUGCACAAGCCAGGCGCUGGCAGGACCAUCCCUGCACACCAUGCCCGGCCACAGCGCUCAGGGCUGGCUGCAGCUCCAGGGAACCUGGGGGGAGGCAGGGUCAGGCCUGCCUGGCUCACCCUCUGGGGCCGGGGCAGGCACGGGACCCAGGGCCGGGGCUGCCUGAUGCGCAGGGAUGAGCUGCGGCUGCACGUCCCUGGUGGCAGGGGCGUGCGUGUGGCAGGGCCCUGCCCAGCAGGUGUGCGGUCCCGUGCCAGCCGCCAGCUUGCAUUUGGUGCAGGGGGGGCAGCGAGAGCAACCAGGCCCCUCUGUAAACACUGCCCAUGCAGGCCUCCCCGGGCUGCAGCUGCCUCCAGUGCCGGUGGCUUUGUUCGCAGCAGAUCAGAUCAUCCAGCACCUGCUGCCGUAGACAAAGGCCCUGCUGGGCAUAAAAGGAGGGCCGGCAGGAGCAGGCCACGGGAAAUGGGGCUGUGCACGGGGAUGCAGAUGCAGCUCCGGCUCCAGCUCAGCCUCUGGCUGGGGGCGAGCGUUGCCUGCGCCGGCACCACCCUGAGCCGCCCCCAGCCACGGCAGUGCCUGGGUAACAACUGCUAUGAGUUUGUCAGGCUGCAGCUCAGCUUCUGGGAAGCACAGGGCUGGUGCCAGGCUGGCGGCGGGCGCCUCGCACACCCCUCGCACCUGGCUGCGUGGCCCCCUGUGCACAGCCGCCAUGGGAAGGGGGAGAGGUGGUGGAUCAGCCUGACGGAGCCAGGCAAGGGGCUCCGGGGCAGGAGCCAGAGCUCUGGGCCUGCUUCAUGCCUCCGCCUGCCACCUCGCUCCGGCCCUGGCCCGGGCCACAGCAGCACAACACGCGGCAUCUCCUCCACUGAGCUCCGGGCCAGAGGGGCAGCCAUGGCCAUGCUGCCCCCACUCCCACCCACCAGCUGCAGCUACCUCAUCUGGGCCUCAGGCACCGUCCGCGCUGGGAGGGGCACGUGUGCGCAGGAGCUGCGUUUCAUCUGCCACUUCGACAGGGGCCUGAGUGAUGUGCGCCAAGCCAGGAUGAACCACAGCAGAGCCCCCUCAGGGCACCGCCCAUGGCGCAGGGACACGGAUGCAGUUAGGGCAGAUGAUGACAAGCCUGAUGAGGGUGACCGCCGUGAUGAUAACAAGGACGAUGGCCGUGACAAGGAGGGUGACAAUGACGUGCCCCAGUGGCCCACCCUCCACCACCCCACACCUCCCACCUCCCCCCUCACCCCCCCACCCAUGACACACUUCACCACGCAGCCCACCCCCAAAGUGCCCACCUCCUUGUGGCCAGGGCAGGCCGUGCCAUCAGCCACGCCAGGGUUGUCUGCCCCCCCACCCAGCUCCGUCCUGGGCCCGUUCACGCUCAGUCCUCGGGCUCUGCUCCAGAACCUCUCUGCAGAGCUGGCAGUGCAGGUAGGGGCCAGCGGCCUGCGUGCUCUCCCUGGCCAGGGUCUCCAGAGUUGGGGUGGCGGGGCCCUCUCCAGCCCUGCUGCCCCCAGCCCCAAGCACCGACUGACCAGCCACGUACUUGGGCUCUGCAGGCCGUGGAGGAUGCGGUGAUGGGCUUUGGCCAGGCCAUCCGUGGCAUCCACCGCUUCCCAGAGCUGCAGCAAGCCUGCCACAUCCUCCAGUGCCUGACAGAGGCACCACCGCUGCUGUCCCCAGCGGCACAGAGAGAGGCCAGCGCGUCACUCCUGUACCUGAGCUCACAGCUGCUGCAGACCCCUGACCCCAGCAACAGCAGCCACCCAGGCGCCAGCACUGCCACCGCCGCCACGGCACUCUUCCAGGCUUUCAGCAACAUCCUGAUGGCACUGGACUCCACCACAGGCCCUCCUGGCUCAGCCUUGGAGCAGGCCCUGGAGGACACCCUGGCUGCACUGCCCCUUGUGCAGACGAUGCUGUGGUACAACCACAACACAGGGACCCCUGUGACUGUGAGCACGCCUACUGUGGCAACACAGCUAAGCAGCUGUGGCAUCACUUGCCUGCCUCUAAGUUCACACCGCCUGGCCCAGCCACGCCUGCUGGACGUGACCUUCCCAACUGCCUCAGUGCUGGCCACGUUCCUGCCUGCGCACCCUGACGUGCAGCUCCAGCUCACGGUCCUGGCUCUCAACCCCUUCAAACACCUGGACAGGACAGAGAUCAGCAGCGUGGGCGGUGUCUCCCUUACCUCGGCCCAUGGUGCCCUGGACGUGCACGGCCUGCGCGAGGAGAUUGAGGUCGGGCUGUGGCGGGAUGAGGCCGUGGCGCCAGUCCCCACAUGCCUCAACCUCAGUGCCCAGCACUUCCACAUGGAGCUGAACCUCACGUCGGCAAAGGACGCCCUGCUCGUGCAUGUGCAGCCCGAUGCCCCCCUGCCUGUUGACCUCUACCUGGGCUUUGGCCACCCGCCCAACCGCACCCACUUCCUGUUCAGCACCACGCUGCCCCGGGGCCGCAGCCCACCCCACGGAGACACCUACACCUGGGCGCUGCCCCCAGAGAGGCUGUGGCCUGGCCCCGGGCGCUACCACCUCAUGGCUGUCGUGGCAUGGAGCCCAGAGCAGGGGCCCGUGGGUGUCUCGGUCACCACCGCCACCACACGCUGCUACUUUUGGGACCAGAGCCAGCGGGCCUGGGCCACAGGUGGCUGCCAGGUGGGGCCCAGCAGCAACAUGAGCAGCACCCGCUGCCUGUGCAACCACCUCAGCUUCUUUGGCAGCUCCUUCCUGGUUGUGCCCCGCACCGUGCGCCUGCAGGACGCCGGGCAGCUGCUCGCCCGCAUGCCCAGCAAUCCCGUGGGGGCGGCACUGCUGGGCAGCCUGCUGCUGGCCUUCGGCCUGGCUGGCCUCUGGGCCUGGAGGAGCGACCGCGCGGAUGCCCGACAGGUGGGCAGGCCGGGCCGGGCCGCGAGACGGGAGCUGCCGUCGGGCCCCGCGGCCGUGCGGGGCUGCGGGCACCAUGCGGGGCCUCACGCUGCUCCCGCGGCCGCAGGCGGAGUUCGUCCUUGUCCCCGACAGCGACCCCGGCGCCACGGCGCGCUACGCGGUGCAGGUGCACACGGGGCUCCGCCGCGGCGCCGGCGCCACCGCGCAGGUAGGUAGGAGCCCGCCCGCCCCGCGCCCCCGCCCCCGCCCCCGCCCGCAGCGCGGCUCCGGCUGACGGGC